AUGGCCUCAGCAGGGGCCAAGAGGCAACCAGAAGCCCAGAAUGGGGCGGCAGUAGGAUUAGCCCAGGUUGCAGACAUCCCUGAGUGUCCAGGACCAGGAGAUAAGAGUCUGGUGCCCGCUCAUGAGACCUGCAGAACCCCGGGUGAAAACAAAUGGUCAGUGGGACACAGCUUCGAGCCGGAACCCCAGGAUGAAGGAAUAAACCGGGGAGAGGAAGGGCUCAAUCCAGGGGUGGAAGCAGGAGAGGAGAGAGGACCCAAGCCCACAUCAACCAUCGUGAGGCCCAGCCAUGGGCCCAAGAGAAAGCCUAUCAACCUUGUCCCAGGCUUGGGUACCCCAGCCCUCCCGGGGCCGAGCUACCAUGCCCAUCCUAGGGCUGAAGCUGAACUGCCACCAGGGAUGCCGCUGCAGAAGGAGGAGCCGGAGGGAAGCCACAGCGAGUCUUCACUGUCUGCUAAACAGCACAAAAAAGCCAAGAAACGCAAGAGUGUAGGGGCUCCUGUGCCCCCCGCUGUAGCCAGCACAUCCGCACCCACAGAGACGCUGGGGCUGGAGCGUGACCUUUACCUGCCUUGGGUUCUUGCAGGCAAAGUCCAGCGCCUGCGGCCACUGUACCAAUAUAUCAACUAUUGCAACCCUGAGCUGAAUCAGGCAGGGGACGGGGACAGAGAGCCAGAGGUGGAGCCUGAGUCGGAGUUGGCCCUGGCUCCUGAGGAGCCAGGUGUGGAGCAGCUGCAGUUGCAGGCCUUGCUGCCCGUGGCAGGUGAGCUGGGCCUAGGCCUUGCUUUGCCCUGCCCUAACACGCUGGUCCCACUCACUCAUUCCCUUCCUUCUCUAGGACAGGAGGUCGGAGAGGACCCUGGGGGGUUGUCUAGUCUAAGGGUGAUUGGCAGCCUCAAGGCUGAGGUGGAUAAGACAACCCAAGUGGACAUUGACAAGAUGCUGAGUGUCUGUGCGGCUCCUCUCGUGCCCCCACUCUCCCCUCAGUACAAGUGACCAUCUACCCCCUGAGAAUGUCUCUCCUCUACGCCUGAACUAGGGCUGUACACUCAGGCCUAGGCUAUCAGGUGGAGGAAGGAAUUUAGUCUUUGUCUGUACUUGGGAAUUCGGGCUCACUGAAAAUAAACAUUUCCCCUUUUAAAGAUUGAUUCCUCAAAUGUGACGCCUAAACUGGGGGAAAGUCUGGGGAGAAGGGAGGAGAGGAUUCACUCAUGCAGAGAUCAACUGGAAUCUUGACGAAUGUGUCAGAGUGGAUGAGGCUGUUGUGUGACGAAACUUUUCCUGGGGAGACACAACACUCACAUCUGCUCCCCCCAGACAGGGAGCCCAGGACGGCCCAAAGUACAGACACCAGCAAAGUCCAACUUGGUGAACCAAUGAGUUUUAUUGGGGUCACUCACAGGAGCAGAAAUGACUCAAAGAUACCCGCAUCACCAAAGCCCACCCCAGCAUGGGGGCCAGCUCACAAAGCUGGGAACCUGGAGCCCACUGCACAGCCUGGAGGCAGCUCAGCAGGUUGGAGAGUGUUCCUUCGAGGUGCCUUAGAUGCUCAGCAAGUUUCGACUUUUUCCAGGCCUCUGGUCUAGUCUGAAAGUCAGCUCAGCUUCCUUCCUCCUGAGCUGGACUCUCAGUUUUUAUUGCUUACUCAGGCAGGGAGGGGCCUGGUGAAUCUGGUCAAUUUCAGGAACUUCCUGAAGCUAUUUUGAGUUGUUUACCUUUUUGUUUAAGGAGCCUCCUCCAGGACAGAAUGUUCUGAUCUCAGAGGAAACUGUUAUACAGCAGAGGUAGGUAGGCAUGGUGUCUGCCUGAGGGUCAGAGAGGCUAAUGGUAGGAGGUGAAGGAGAGGAAUUUGGGGCAGAGGAAAGAGAGGGUUAGGAACCAGUGUUUGAUCCUAUUGCCUGUCUCUUGAAGAAGGGCCUGCAUUUGUCCUGACUUCAAGGGAGUCAAGUCUGGGAUCUCCCUCUGAGGUGGCAAGUUCAUUUGUCUGUCCCAAGACUGGCACUUUUAGAAAGUUUACUACUAACCAGGUGUGGCGAUGCACACCUGUGGCUAGUAAGCGGGGCUUAGGCCUUGCUGUGCCCUUGGGUUUGGUAAGUAGAGGCAGGCAGAUAAUGAAUUCAAGGCCAGGAUAUACUACAUGAGACCCUAUCUUUUAAAAAAGGAAAGGAGCCGGGAGGUGGUGGUGCACACCUUUAAUCCCAGCACUCAGGAGGCAGAGGCAAGGGAAUCUCUGAGUCUGAGGCCAGCCUGGUCUACAGAGUGAGUUCCAGAAGCCAGGGCUAGACAGAGGGACCCUGUCUCUAAAAGCCAAAAAAAGAAAGAGAGAGAGAGAAAGGCUGGAGAGAUGGCUCUUGGUAAAAGCACUUGCUGCUUUUGCAGAGGACCCAGGUUCAAUUCCCAGCACCCACGCAGCACCUUAUGUCUAACUCCUGACCCAGGGGAUCUGACACCCUCUUCUGGCCUCUGCCUGUACUAGAUACACACUAUAGUGUACAGACAUACAUGCAGGCAGAGCACUCAUGUGUAUUAAAUACUUCUAGAAAAUACUCUCUACUCAUUGUCAUAGAGCAACCAGACUAUAGUUUGCCCACAGAUGGUCCCUGGUACUGGGUGGUGGCGACAGUGAAUGAAUUUCUUGGAGCUGUAAGGCCCCCUCACUGGAUGACUGCUGCCUCUGGUCCUGUAGACAGCUCUAAGGAGAGCAGAUGAGUGAGGGAUGUUGUGGAGACAAGGCUGCUGGUCUUCCUGGGUGCCCUUCAAGCACUUCAGACAUGGGGUUUCCACACGAAAUGCCUUUCUUCCUGUAUCAAGCUAAGAUCCUGGUGUCACUUCUGACUCUGUUCCUACAAGUGAAUCUAUCCUCUAAAUUGUAAGGUCAGAACGAGGGCCUGGGCCUCAGACAUCUCCAGGUAGGAGCCUCAAAGUGCCCCCUGCCUGUGGUCUCUGGUCUUACAGAUACAUGCAGUAAUCCUACUGCACAUACACCUGCAUGCUCAUGAUGUCACUGUCACUCCAGGGUCUUGCUCGUCUUACCUUUGAAACUUAAUGGCUGUGUGUAAGUCCCUGUUCAACCGUGGCUAUGUGUAAGUCCCUGAUCAACUGUGGCUGUGUGUAAGUCCCUGAUCAGCCAGGCCUUUUAAUGCUUUCAUUCUGCACAUGGGGCUUUCUCUAGGAUGUCUUUGUUCCUUCAUCCUUCUACCUGGCAAGUGCAUACAUACCACACACCACAUAUAUACAUGCAUACAUACAUACCACACACACCAUAUACAUACAUGCAUACAUACAUACCACACACACCCUCUUUCUGCUGAGUCAGGAAGCAUCAAUGUUGUUCUGAAUUUGUAGCAUUUUUAUACUGUGAAUUGUAUAUCUCCAUUAGACUGUGCACCCCUAGAUCACACAUCAUUGGGUCACACCUACCUAGGGGUUCCCAUCAAAGGCCUCAGGAAGGAGGCUACAGAGAUGACAGGUAUGAAACAGAACAGUUACCAAAAAAAAAAAAAAAAAAAAAAAAAAAAAAGCUGGGCAGUGGUGGCCUUUAAUCCCAGCACUUGGGAGGCAGAGCCAGGCGGAUCUCUGUGAGUUCGAGGCCAGCCUGGACUACCAAGUGAGUUCCAGAAAAGGCGCAAAGCUACACAGAGAAACCCUGUCUUAGCAGGGUGCAUGAUGGGAGCCAGAGGAACAAACCACUGCUGUGCUCACGCUCAUGUAGGGGCACAGAUGGUGAGGUGAUUGUCACUUUACCCUGGGGACAAGUGAUGCCAACACAGCUGUUCCUGGAGGAAAGCCCUUCAGGCCCGAGAUAAGCCAGGGACACGCUGUCCUGGUGUGGGAGAUGUCAACAGGAAGGCUGCUCAGUGUAGCAGAAGCAGAGGACAUGGCGAGCAGGGAUGCAUGCUGCACAAGCGUGAAGGUGAUGAGGAAGAGCGUAAACAAGAGUCUUAGCCACGAGAAAGGAGGAGUUCAGUGUCAAGAAAGAGUUAGGUCUACUACAGCCUAAAGAAGGGAAGAGAGUUCAAUGGCAGGAAGGAGCUGAGCCCUGCUGAAGCCUAGCCUACAGAUAAAACACAUUGUCUCUUGAAAUUUUACUUAUUCUUUAUGCCAAGAACUGUAUCUUAGUUGCCUUGAGAAACAGUUCCCAAAGAACUGCCUUGUCCUGCUAUUUCUAUAAACUUGCUUGGCUAUAUUUUUUUGGGAGGGGGGUUGUUGUUGUUUCAAGACAGUUUCUCUGUAACAGCCCUGGCCAUCCUAGAACUCACACUGUAGACCAGGCUGGCCUCAAACUCAGAGAUCUGCCUGCUUCUGCCUCCCAAGUGCUUAAAAUUAAGAAAAAUGGAUUGUUAGAAGUCUGUAAUCAUGCAAACUAAAAUGUAAAUCCCACCAAUCAGGAAAACGCUCAAAGGUAGCACUAUACAUACAGCCAAUAGAAACUGUAUUAGGCCGGGCGGUGGUGGCGCACGCCUUUAAUCCCAGCACUCGGGAGGCAGAGCCAGGCGGAUCUCUGUGAGUUCGAGGCCAGCCUGGUCUCCAAAGCAAGUUCCAGGAAAGGCGCAAAGCUACACAGAGAAACCCUGUCUCGAAAAACCAAAAAAAAAAAAAAGAAAGAAACUGUAUGAGACAACAGAUCGGGGUCUGACCACUCUGAGGAUUAGCUUGAGUUAUCAGCAGCUGAUACAAUAAAGUUGAGUUCUCCAUCUCUCCAAGUGCAGAUGGUGGUGUCUGGGGUGGGGGGGUCUGCUCCUCUCACAGCCUGAAAUUGUGGGCAAUUUAUGAAGCAAAGAACAAGAAUUGGUGAGAUGGUCAGGGCAGCAGGAAGCGGCCGUCAUAUCUGGGUGAGUUCAAGGCCCAGACUUUCUUGAAGGCCGAUGACUUAGCAGGGAUUCUGGAAGUUCUCAUCUGGUUGGGGUAUCAAAGCGGAAAACUAACUCAGAAGAAACUUUUACCUGAAAGUAUAGCGCUGGGAGAUGCUGUUGCCUUCUUCCAGGAGGGGGCGCUGCAGGACAGGCCUAGAACUAGUUAGGUUCCGUCAUCCCUGGGCUCUCUCAGCCACAGGCAUCAGGGUUUACUGCUUAAAUUACCCCAUUCCCCGUGACUGCAAGUUCUUGUGCCGGAGAGAUGGAAAGAUGUCAGGAGUCCGGGAGGUGCCUUCAAAGCCUGCGUCUUUUUGUUUGUUUGUUUUCGAGACUGGGUUUCUCUGUAGUUUUGGUGCCUGUCCUGCAUCUCCCUUUGUAGACCAGGCUGGCCUUCAACUCACAGAGAUCCGCCUGGCUCUGCCUCCUGAGUGCUGGGAUUAAAGGCAUGCACCACCACCGCCUGGCAAGCUUGGGUCUUCUAAAAGUAGUCCUGCCUCAUGCCCACUCGAUACUUGCCCCAGUACUGGGAGUUUUACCUCCAAACACAAAGUUCUCUAACCUAAGCCCCACUCUGGGCUAGCAAAAAGGCUCUUUCACAAGUACAUCUUCAGUCUUAGGUGGCACCCUGGCAUCUUUUUGUUUUUGUUUUUUUUCAUGACAAGGUUUUUCUGUGUACCAUUUUUGGCUCUCUUGGAACUUGCUUUGUAGACCAGGCUGGCCUCAAAUUCACAGAGAUCCACCUGCCUCUGCCUCCCGAGUGCUGGGAUUAAAGGUGUGCGCCACCACUGCCUGACUAGGACCAUGGCAUCUCAUAAGUAAGACACACAGGGACAGCUGGAGCUGAGUGGAGUGUUCUGGAGACAGGGCUGUCUCCUGUUACCUCCUACCUGAGGGUGGGCACUGUGCAGCGCCUUCCCAGUUCAGGCCAAGCUGAAUCCUGCUGCAGAGGAGACAACGCCUGGCUGUCUGAGAGAAGAUUCCCACGUGCUGGAAUAAGGUGGUUUAAGGUCAGGAGCUGGAGUCCUCACCAAGGAACUGCCUCUCUGUGCCUUCUAGUCUAAAUAAUGGGCAUGGAUUUUAUUCUGAGAAAGGUUCUUGCUUUGUAGUUCUGACUGACUAGAAUUCUCUAUGUAGACCAGGCUGGCCUUGAACUUACAGCAACCUCAUGCCUCUGUCUCCCAAAUGCUGGGAUUAUAGAUGUACAGCACCAUGCCCAGCUCUAAUGGACAUAUUCACAGCACCUUUCAGAAUGGCUUAGAGAUGAAAUGAUCUGCAUGAGUGGUUUACUCUGGGGGACCAGAACACCAACAGCACUCCAACCUUAUUUUACUUCAUAAGGACAAUGCUUGAAAAUCAGGACACGGCAGGGAAAUAGGCCUGGUGAUUCCCACAAGUGAUGCCAAGAGGAAGAGGAAGGCCUCCCCAGGCCUUUUGGGCAAGGAGCCCAGGAUUUGAAGGAGGAAGACUGGAUAAGGAAUAGAGUUCACAGAGGCUUCACAAUCCAGCAGACUGACAAAGAAAACCAAGGGGCAGAUUUGUCCUUCAAGACCCCACCCAGCUCAGACUGUCCCUGUCUGCAACAGCUAGUUAAUGAACAUGGCCGUGACUAGCCAGCCGACUCAAGUGGUUGAACCUGCUCCUGCUCCAGAGUGGCUCAGGCCCCUUCCUCCUUAUGGUCCUCCCCAAGGGCUUUCCAGGAGCCACAUGUGGCUUCAAGAACAGAACCCUGGGGCUGGAGAUGGCUCAGCAGUUGAAACUGCUUACUGCUCUUACAGAGGACCCAAGUUCAGUUCCCAGCAUCCGCAUCAGGUAGCUCACUACUUCUUGCUCCAGGAAAUAUGAUGCCAUCUUCUGGCCUCUUUGAGUAUCUGCACUCAUGUGUACACACACAGAGAGAGACACACAACAUACACAUAAAUAAAUAACCCAAAAAAACAGAAAAAAACAAAAACAAAAACUUUCCGUGACCUCCAGCCAAAGGUUCCCAGGCUCUCCUCCUAUCUUCUUGAAAUGGCAAGGUUGGCAGCAGCCUAAUAGGAAGCCUCACACCCUGUCUACUAAGGAUAUUUGGAGAACUUCUGGGACUCAGCCACGAGUUGAGCCAUUAGCUCGAGCUGCUAUGUAGUCCAUGAGAAAGGGGACAACUAAUGGACAGCAAAAAGCAAGCGUUCCAUGAUUAAGGAAACCCAGCCCCAAACAAACGGCCACACACCACGAGGUCACGUUUUUUCCGACUUAUUUACUGACAUUUCCCAGAUGUUCUACAGUUGCCCUUUGUCUCCUCUCUGCCAAGUCAGGGGCUCUCCUCCCUAUGUAUAAUUCAGAAAUCUCCUUUUCUGUGGGAAGGGCCUGCCAGGGGGCUGAAAGGGUCUGAUCACACGGGAGGGUGGGCGAAGACCCCUAAGGGAUGUCCUCACCAGUCCUGAGGUGCCCCAGUCCAAUAUGGGCAAGGCUUCUUGCCGUCUCCCCUUAGGACUCAACCAAGCUGGUUCCUUUUGUUGGGCUUUCUCAUCCUGUCAGACCACAAGUCAGGCUGAACAGCCCACAGAUUGAUCUUUCAACUGGCCCUGCUCACUGGUAGAAGCACAAGGGGCCGGGCCACAGCCCUAUCCUGCAUACACUGCUGCCUUGCAAGUCUGAGGAGUCGAUACGGACAGAUGGGCUUUUUUCCGGGCCACCUUCAAUCGGCUCCUAGCCCUGGCCCAAGCUGAUUUAUUAAAAGACACUGUCUCUGCUAUAGCCAAUCACAGUUCCCAGUCCCCUCCCUGGUCCCGCUGCCCGG